UAUGUGUGUGUGUGUGUGUGUCUGUCUCUGUACGGUACAUCUGCCGCGAAAAUGUUUCCACCAUCGCUGGUUUUGGACAUUUCUCACCCGCGUUGAUAACGUUUGUGUUUCUGUCGGCUCGCCUUUUCAGGACGCCGCCUGCUCGCGCGAGCGCUCGGGCUUCGUGGUCUCGCGGCGUUUGUCUGGAUUCAUUGGUUAUAUUUCUGAAGAUUGUUUUGUCUUUCAAUGUCAGUUGUUGCGUGACAGCUCCAGGCGCGGCGCCAGCUCGCAAAUGAUAGACGCUGAUAUUCCUGAUUGUACGAACGUCAACUGUGGUGUGAAGUUUUGUCACUGCCUGUGAGGCUUCAAAACGAAAACAUAGUUUUGCCUACAAGAGACAUUCCAGUCAAGGGGUUGGUCAGCCACCAUGUUUUUCCCAUGGUCUGUUGGCCUUUCUUGACCCGAUGACCUCAAUAUUGCUUUUGACCAGAGAGUCGGCUUCCUCCCCAAUCCAUUUCUACAACCCCUGAGGAAAGACGUUUUGUGCAAAAGCUGCAGUGGGGUGCUCUUCCAAAUGCCUACCUCACGCCUUAAGAACAAAUCACUGCAGCCACAGCCCUGAUCAGCAGCCACCAUGACAUCAAGUAUAGGGGAUGAUUGUAGCCUCUUUGAUGGGUUGAUGGAAGAAGAUGAGAAGGACAAGGCAAAACGCGUGUCUCGUAACAAGUCGGAGAAGAAAAGGAGAGACCAGUUCAAUGUCCUCAUCAAGGAGCUUGGCACCAUGUUGCCUGGCAACACCAGGAAGAUGGACAAGUCCACCAUCCUGCAGAAAAGCAUCGACUUCCUGUGUAAACACAAAGAAAUCGCAGCCCAGUCAGAGUCGAGUGAGAUCAGACAGGACUGGAAGCCUCCAUUUCUUAGCAACGAGGAGUUCACCCAGCUCAUGUUGGAGGCUCUGGAUGGGUUCUUUAUAGCAAUAAUGACUGAUGGGAACAUCCUUUAUGUCUCUGAGAGUGUCACCUCAUUACUAGAACACCUACCGGCUGACUUGGUGGACCAGAACCUGUUAAACUUCCUGCCUAUUGGGGAACACUCUGAAGUGUACAAGGCUCUGUCCACACAUCCCACCGAUCCAGAGAGCCUAAGUACUGAUUAUAUGAAGACAAAGAAUCAUUUGGAGUUCUGCUGUCAUAUGCUGCGAGGAGCCAUUGACCCCAAGGAACUCCCUCCCGUCUAUGAGUAUGUUAAGUUCAUCGGCAAUUUCAAGUCUCUCAAUAAUGUUCCCAACGUUGCAAGGAAUGGUCUGGCGGGGGUGUUACAGCGAUCGCUGCAGCCUGCCUUUGAUGACCAGGUGUGCUUUGUAGCCACAGUUCGAUUGGCCAAACCUCAGUUUAUCAAGGAAAUGUGUACAGUAGAAGAGCCAAAUGAAGAAUUUACCUCAAGGCACAGUCUAGAGUGGAAAUUUCUCUUCUUAGACCAUAGAGCUCCACCAAUAAUAGGCUACCUGCCUUUUGAGGUUCUGGGAACAUCAGGGUAUGACUAUUACCACGUGGAUGACCUGGAGACUCUGGCCAAAUGUCACGAACACUUGAUGCAGUAUGGGAAAGGGAAGUCCUGUUACUAUCGUUUCCUGACUAAAGGUCAACAGUGGAUCUGGCUGCAGACACACUACUACAUCACCUAUCAUCAGUGGAACUCGCGGCCUGAGUUUAUUGUUUGCACACACACAGUAGUCAGCUAUGCAGAGGUUAGAGCAGAACAACGCAGAGAGUUGGGCAUUGAAGAGUCUAAUCCAGAGGCCCCCAAUGAUAAGAGUCAGGAUUCUGGCUCAGAGUCGCAGCUCAAUACGUCCAGUCUGAAAGAGGCUCUGGAAAGGUUUGACCGCAGCCGAACUCCCUCGACGUCAUCACGAAGUUCCCGCAAAUCCUCAUCGCACGUCUCUGACAACACUUGCACUUCAGCAACAGCCCCCAAACUACACAUGGAGAUGGCCACGCCUCCUCGACAGUCACUAGCUUCCACCAUGGAGAUGACAUCACAGCGGCGCUCAUCAAUCAGCAGUCAGUCUAUGAGCUCUCAGACCACAGGACAGAGUUUAAAUCCUGGGAUGAUCAAUCAGCAGCAGCAGCAACAACAACAGCAACAACAACAACAACAACAACAACAACAACCACCGCCACAGCCGCUUCAGACAAAUGUGCAGCCGGUGAUGGAGUUUUCGGCACAAGUAAACGCCAUGCAGCACCUUAAAGAGCAGCUGGAGGAGAGGACCAGAAGGAUCCAGGCAAACAUCCAGAGACAGCAGGAGGAGUUGAGACACAUCCAAGAGCAGCUGCAGAGGGUCCAGGGACAAGGGCUACAGCAGAUGUUGAUGCAGCAGCAGGGUGGAGCGAUGAACGUUCAGCUCCCUCAGGUGGGCUCUGUCCAGCAAGCGGCUACUUUGACUGGUCAGCUGCAGCAAACCGCCAUCAACCCUGUUCAUUCAGGAACUCAGCAGCUCACUAUUCAGCAGCAGGCUGCUCCUCCUCAGCAGAACCUGCAGCAGCAGACCAACACACUCACACAGCCUCAGCGUCAGCCGCAGCAGCCAGCCCAGGCUCAGUCUCAGGCUCCAGGAUCUGUAUCUGCCCCACUGUACAACACCAUGAUGAUUUCCCAACCUGGACAGCCCAAUGUGCUGCAGAUCAGCACCAGCCUGCCUCAGAACAACACGCAGCAAGGCACAACUGUGGCCACCUUCACACAGGACCGACAAAUCCGGUUUCCUGCAGGACAGCAGCUGGUGACCAAACUUGUGACAACUCCAAUGCAUGCAUGCAGCGCUGUCAUGGUGCCCACUUCUAUGUUCAUGGGGCAGGUGGUGACUGCAUACAACCCCUUUGGAGGGCAGCAACAAAGUGGGCAGACCCAGACUUUGACUCUUCAACCAGCCCAACCAGCUCAAGGUCAGCCAGACGGCCAAAACCAAACAGCUGUAGUUGCACAGAGCAGCCAGCAGGGGCAGCAGCAGCAACAGCAAUUCUUACAGGGUACUCGUCUUCUUCAUAGUAACCAGUCUGCUCAGCUGAUUCUGCAGGCAGCUUUCCCUCUCCAGCAGCAGGGAGCGUUCACCCAGGCGACACUUCCACAACAACCGCAGCAGCAGCAACAGCAGCAGCCUCAACAACAACAACAGCAGCAGCAGCAGCAACGACAACAACAGCAGCAGCAGCAACAACGACAGCAGCAGCAGCAACAAUCUCACCAUCAGAGGCACCAGCAGCAGCUGAAACCACAGCCUCAGAAACCGCAGAAAGCCCCAUCGUCACACAGGACUGACAGCGUUAACCAACCGCAGUGAAGCCUGGAGGAACACGACUUCAGCGUGGAAGCAACUGCUGCACAAGUUUGUGAUGGGUUUGUCACAAACAUCUUUCCUUCUAAAAACCAUUUCCUCCCCUUCCUUAAUCUAAAAGAAAUGAGUUGUAGGAAUAAGGAAAGGCUGUGAGUUCAGGAGGAACUCGCCAGCUAACGUCACUGCGCUUUCAGGGUGGAUAACGUCUCCGUCAGAAACGUGAGGGAGCUUCAGGGUCUGAAAAGACCUGAAAAGAUACACUUUAUUGCAACAGACUCUGUGUGAAGGUGUCUCCAAGUGGACCGACUGUACAGAUUUACUGUAUCAUAAAAAGGACAAUUUGUAAAUAUUCAGUAUAGCCUAACAGAAAACAGAACAGUAGUAUUUUAUAUGAUUGCAUGGAAAGAAUAACUGUGUAAGCUUUUAUUAGUUGCUUUUGACAAAUGAAUUUUUACUUUUAAGUGGUUUCUGUUCAAAGACAGAGCAGUGAGAUGCUCUUUAAUAUCCCUUUCCUUCCCAUUCUUUAAAAAAGAAGUUCAGAAAGAGGCUUUAAAGUCUGUCAAUGUGUUUUAAGAAAAAAAAAAGGUUGGGCUUGGGUGUUUUUGUGGAAGCUGCUUUUGAACACUGUGUCUCCAGGACAAAAAUGGAUUUUUUAACUUUGUAAUUAUAAAAAAAUAUGUUUGACAAAAAGCUAGAUUACAGUUAAACUGAAUUAUUUGCAGGAUGAUUACUCUACGUAUGACGGGUUUAGUGAUUCCAAGUGCCAAUAACUUAGUGAAUUAUGUUUUUUUUAAAAUCUAGAUUAUUCAGAGUCGUAAAUAUUUUCCAGAUAUUACCCCUAAAAAAAAGUCAUUCGUGUGUAUAUAGUAGGAAUUAUUUUUUAACAGUCAGAGAGCCCUAAAAAACAGUAUAUCCUCAACCUCCUGACAACUUCAGCACUUAAUGUGGUUGUGUAAAGAAAAUCACUGUUGGAACCUAGUUUUUGUAAUCUGUGGUGUGAUUCUGUGGGCUAAUGUGUACUAUUUUGAGAAUACAAUCCUUGCGUGCAUGACUGAGCAUGAGUGCAUCUGUAGUGUGUGUGUGGUUGGUUGGUUGGUUGCCCCUUGUGUCUUAAAACGUUUGACUUAGUAAAAAAAAAGGUUUGAAGUUGCUGGAUGGUACUUGUCCUCUCAGGAAUGUGGAAAGUGUUUUUGCUUCUGCCUCAGUCUGGAGCCAGACCAGGAAGGAUUAGACAGUGAUGCUGUAAAGACCAGAGGAACUUGUGUUGUGAAGGGCGUGGUGCCUGAGUGGGGGAAAAUAUUUGACCUAGAUUUUAAAAAACAAACAGAAACAAGCUUCCUUUCUUUCUUCAUCAGCAAAAAAUAUGAGCGCAUAGAAAUGAGGUUAAAAAAACAAACAAAUAGAGCUUUUAAGACAAAAGAAAGGAAAAGAAAAACCUAAUUAUUGACCUCCUUCUCAGAGCAAGUUUGGAUUUCCACCAACGUCUAUCCUGGUCUACCUUGUCAUUCAUCAUUCUUCCUCUUUCUUGGCCUCAGAAAAAAAAAACCCUCAUGCAGUCCGGUUCACUCAUUUCUCAGUUCUCAAACCGCAGUUGAAACCAGGACUGGGCCGCGGUCCAUCUGUAAAGACAGUAAUGGAUCUUGGCUCAGUGUGUGUACUACAGUGAUAAGCCAUAUCAAACUGAAAAAAAAGCCUUGGAGUGGAGGAGUGUAAUCGCUGGCAAAGGAGCGUUUAGAAUGUGUUGUUUUGUCUGAGUGUUGGAAAGAUGGCGUGUGUGGGCGCUCGUUUGUGUGCGACUCUGUGUGUGUGUGAAUAUAGCAUCUCCUUUCCUUGAUCUUGUAUCGCUCGGGGGGCGGGGUCAGUAUUGGCUUUCCCCCACCCUGAAGAUAGCCAAUCAGUUCUUGCGUUGCAGUAUCUAAAAAUGUAAUUUUCAAGAACCGUGCUCCUCUUGCAGAGCUGUGUAUUGUUGUAAGCCUGCGUGGGAGACGGCUCGGCUUGUGUGAGAGACUUUGCAUGUGUGGUACCUGUCACUGUAACCCAUUAUAUUUUCAUAUGAAAAAAAAAGAUAACGUGUGACCGGAAGAGUAUGGAUGUUGGGCAAUGCAGAGCACUGGUUUACUAUCAAGCUAUAAUUAAGAAAAGAAAAACGAGGACAGACUUCUAAUUUAACACUAACCCUCAGAAAAAAACGAAGAAAUAAACUAAAUACAGAUUAAACAAUUUUAUUCUUGAGUUGUCCUCAGAUAAGAAGUAGGAUAGUUUUUAACAGCAAGGGUCUUCCACCUGUCACUAGCAAAUAAAGACUAUAGUUUUUUGUGUCCCUCUAAAGAGUAGUACUGAAAUGAUUUAUUUUGUGCCACUGAUGACCCAGCCCAAAGAAUGUAAAGGUUGAUUUAAAGACUAAUGGAUGUUGUAACUUUAAAUUAUGAAGGAAGAGGAUGGAGCCAUGUGGAAGAGAAUCAUUUGCACCACAAGAUUCCACGUGUAGAAUAUGAAAUACAAUCUUUUUGUUUUUGUUUUGAUUUACUGGUUUUGUAUUGUGAGAAACUUUUGAAUGUUGCAUCAUUACAGAUGUUUAGUUUUCCAAUAAUGUGUGUUUUGACAUCUGCUUGGGGAAAAAAAAA